UUUUAGGAGGAGAAAGAUUUGUGGUGUAAAUAAAGACACCUGGCAACCCGGGAGUCAGGUUAGCUUCACUCUCAUGUAGCUUCAGUGAAACUGUACUCUGGUUACAGCGUGUCUUCAGUGGGACAAAGUAGAAACAUGCCGGCCUUGUCUUUGCCCCUCUCUCGCCUGGGCAGGACCCGAGGCAGUUUUAAAAAGCUGUUUAAAGACUGCAAGACUUUCUAUUCGGCAUGUGGAACUCCGGCUUCCAGCUCCAGCGGGGUGACACGUCCCCCAGUACCGCCGGGCCACACACUGUCAGCGGCCGGCAUGUGCACCAGCGCCCCGGGCGGACACACAACCGACUGGCUGUGGUCAGUUUACAAUGAAACCAAACAACAAACUAAAGCUUUAAUUUCAUCCAUCUCAAACAACUCCGUGAAUCCGGACACAAUUUUUGCCAAUAACGAGAUGAGCUUGCAGGACAUUGAGAUCUACGGCUUCGACUACGACUACACGCUGGCCUUUUACUCCAGCCAUCUCCACACUCUGAUCUUCGAUGUAGCUCGGGAUAUACUAAUCCAACAGCACAGGUACCCAGAGGGAUUGAAGAAGUAUAAUUACAUCCCUAAUUUCGUGAUUCGGGGGCUGCAUUAUGACGUUCAGAAGGCUUUGCUGAUGAAGAUAGAUGCUUUUCAUUACAUCCAACUGGGAACAGUUUACAGAGGUCUUCAUCCUGUCCCAGACAGAGAAGUCAUUGCUAUGUACGAGGGCUGCCAUGUGCCUCUGGAAAACAUGAGUGACUUUUAUGGCAAGAGUUCCCAUGGACACACUAUGAAACAGUUCAUGGACAUCUUCUCGCUGCCGGAGAUGACCCUGCUGUCAUGCGUCAACGAUUACUUCAUGAUGCACAACAUUGACUAUGAGCCUGUGCAUCUCUACAAAGAUGUCAAGGAGGCCAUAAGAGACGUCCACGUGAAGGGAAUCAUGUAUCGUGCUGUGGAAGCAGACAUAGAAAAGUAUAUCUGUUAUGCCGAACAGACUCAUGCUGUUUUAAAAAAGCUUUCAGCAAACGGAAAGAAAAUGUUCCUAAUCACCAACAGCCCCCUGGAUUUUGUAGACCGAGGAAUGAACUUCAUUGUUGGAAAAGACUGGCGGGACCUAUUCGAUGUCGUCAUAGUGCAGGCCGACAAGCCUGGUUUCUUCAAUGACCGUAGAAAGCCAUUCAGGCGAGUUACUGAUAAAGGAGUGUUGCUAUGGGACAGAAUUCACCACCUGGAGAAGGGGCAGAUUUAUAAACAGGGAAACCUGUAUGAGUUCUUGAGACUCACUGGCUGGAGGGGCUCGAAGGUUUUAUAUUUCGGAGACCACAUCUACAGUGACCUUGCUGACCUGACCCUAAAGCAUGGCUGGAGGACAGGGGCCAUCAUCCCUGAGCUGCGCAAGGAGAUCAAGAUCAUGAACACAGAGGAAUACGUACACACCAUGUCAUGGCUGCAGAGUCUCACCAACCUAGUGGAACAGAUGCAGGUGCAUCGAGACGCUGCCUCACAAUCAGUGAUUCAGCAGUGGAUCAGAGAAAGGGAGGACAUGAGGUCUCAGGCAAAGAACAUUUUCAACAGUCAGUUCGGCAGUCUGUUCCGCACGUAUCACAACCCAACAUAUUUCUCUCGCCGCCUCUCGCGCUUUGCGGACAUCUACAUGGCCUCCCUCAGCUGCCUGCUCAACUAUGACCUGCAGCACACGUUCUAUCCGCGACGCACACCACUUCAACACGAGGCAUCACUCUGGACGGAGCAGUCCAGCCCAUGAGCCGUAACCAGUCCCCUCAAGAACCAUCGCACUGGCUCGGACUCGUGUGUGGUAUUAUUCUAAAGCUUUAUUUAAUGUACAACAGCACUGCAUAGGUUUAGCAGAUUGACCAGCCAAGUGGUUAUAGUAAUGACUGGUACUGGUGAACUAGGGAUGCAGACUGUCUAAAUGAAGGUUUUUAUGUUCUUCAUUCGUUCAGUAUAUGUUUAGACACUAGGGCUAACACAUCUGACAUGCUACAGUAUAGUGGCUCGUUGUCUCCCAGCUAUAAAUUGCUGUAGCGCUUUAGUAUUUUAAGAUGCCUAUAUCUUAUUUUUAUAUUUACAGCAUACUUCAUUCUAUGUGUUUUGACUGGCGACAAAUAUUUUUGGAGGAGUUCUCCUACUGUAUUGUGGAAAACCUCAGAGUGUAGUGGACGUUUUUUAAUAUUUUUGCAAUGAGGGAGUUUAUUUACUUUAUCUUCAUCCUCCCUUGUGUGUUUGAUAUGCAACAAUUCUGGCAAGUUAUACAUUUGUAUGGAAAAAUGUUUCAGAUUUACAGACAAACUGUUGAAAGUCGAUGAGGCAUUGUAUUGCAUUUAAUUAGCUUUUGUAUCGUUUGCUGGUUUAGCAAAAAGCCUGAAGUUUUAGAUAUUUAUUUAAAUAAAUACUAAACCUAGCAGCCAUAACAUUAAAACCACCUGCGUAAUAUUCCUAGUGUUGGUCCCCCAGUUCACCAAUUUUUCUUAAUUGGACCACUUUUGGAAAUAAUCACUGCAAACCAGGCAUUCUGGCAUUCCUUACAAGACCUGCAGAUUUGGAGACACUCAUACCAAGUCAUCCUGCCAUCACAAAAAAAAAAGUCCAGAAUGGUAAGGUAAGGUAAACUUUUAUUGUCCCCAGUAGGGAAAUUUGUAGGGCCAUCACCUCUGCUGCAAUCAUACAGAACAUACAUUAGACAGAUACAAUUCACAGGAUAUUGAAUACAUAAAAUAGCAACUAUGUCCUUCCCCUAUUUAACAACUUCACCGACACUGGGAUAAAAGAGUUUUUAAAUCUAUUUAAUCUGCAGCGAGGAACCCUGAACCUCCUGCCAGAAGGCAACAACUCAUACUCCAUAUUAAAAACAUGGGAAAAAUCACAGACAAUCCUCUCAGCGUGUCUUACAGUGGCAUGUUCGUACAUAGUUUGCAAUGGUGUCAGUUCUUUCACUCCUAUAAUUUUCCAAGCAGUAUGUAUCAUUCGUGUCAUCUUUGAUCUCGAUUGCACAGAUAGAUUCCCAAACCAUACUGUGAUACAGUACCUGAUUGAACUCUCAAUUACUGCCUGGUAAAAGAUGACCAUACAUUUUUGGUCAACCCCAUGGACUCUCAGACACUCAGUCACUCAGAUCUUUACGCUCACCCAUUUUUCCUGUUCCAACACAUCUCAAGAACCGACUGUUCACUUGCUGCUUAAUAUAACCCACCUUUUGAUAUAUAGAUUUGCCACCGUAAUGAGAUUAUCGAUAUUAUUCACGUCACCUUUAAGUGGUUUUAAUAUUCUGGCUGAUGUAACUAAUGUAACUAAAUUACUUGAACAGCUCAUUGACUAUGUGAUGUACAGUAAUUUGAUAUAGUAUCUGGAUCAUAGCAGCUGUUGCUCAGUCGAGUGACCAAUACUGUAUAUUGUCGGGUGUAACGUAAUCAGCUUUCAAUAUUAGAUUUCAAUAUAUAAAUAAUUGUAUUCAUCUUUGCACUGAAUUUUCAUCCAGACAUGACUUAAGUUGUUCCAGUUCAUUUUUGUGUCUGCUUGAACAAUUAGUUUUAUUAGAUGUAUUUUUUUAAUGAAUGGAAAGGGGCUGAACUGAAACAUCGCUGGGUGACUACAGUAUUCUGUAGCUCUUCUAACUUUGUUCAUAGUUUCGAAGCCACUUGUGAUUUAUUUAUUAAACAGUUUCAUGGUU